UUGCUCGAAGUGAAGCUUGGCUCCAGAUCAUAGAUAGAUGUGAAUCUAGACGAAUUCAGUUUCAGGAUGAUUGCAGAUGAAUCUGUGGCGGAGUUCAUUUCGAUGACGUCUGCGGGCGACGAUGAGGCCAGAGGGUACCUGGAGAUGGCCGGCGGAGAUCUCCACCAGGCAGUUGGCCUCUUCUUCGAGAUGGGCGGCGGCACGCCGGCUCCGGCUCACAGAUCUUCUGCGUCUCCUUCACCGGUCGACCACUCGGGUGACGUGGCCGCGGAGGUGAGAGCCGCGGCGCUGGCUGCCGGCCUAGGUCCGGACGACACGCCCAUGGAGGAAGAAGUGAGGGCGCCUUUGCCCGCGUACCAGGAUCAGAUCAUCGACCCAGAGCACGAUCGACGGAUGCAGGAAGCCAUGGCAGCGGACUCGGCGGCCAUGUAUCAGAGGAUGUCCUUCGAUCGGAAUGGGGCGGGCACGGGCGAGGAGGACGAGCAGAUGGGCGAGGGAAAGGCCAUCAAUAGAUUAUUCGCUCCGCCAGAGUACAACGAGGGUGUCAGCUACUACCAGGCCAUUCAAAAAGCCAAGGAGGAGGCCAAGUGGCUCUUGGUGAAUAUCCAGCAGGCAGAGGUCUUUGCCUCCCACACGCUGAACAGGGACGUGUGGAGCGACGACACUGUCAAGGACAUCAUUCAAGGUUCGUUUCUUUUUUGGCAGCGUGAUGAUAAGUCGACGGAGGGCGACCAGUUCUGCCACCUCCAUCAGUGUGGGCACCAGCUGCCGCACAUCUGCGUCAUUGAUCCUCGGACCGGCCGGAGGGUGAAGAACUGGGACGGCCGCAAGUGGGUGGAGUCCCAUGCCGCGGCGGAGUAUCUCCUUGGCUUCCUGGAUGAGUUUUCCAUGUCUCGGUCGCCGCCUCCGCAGUCUCCCGCGGCGAGCCCUACGGCACGCCCGCAGGCCUCGCCGCCGGACCCCUCCUCCAUUGAGCUGAGCGGCCUGGAGGAGCCGAUGGAGGUGGAGAGACCAGGCGAAGUUCAGGCGGAGGCAGAGGAGCCAGUUCCUGCCAUGCCUGAAGAGCCAGCGGCCGACGCCGAGCAUCUGAAGGUGUCCAUCCGGCUUCCUUCGGGCCAGCGGGUCACGCGGAGAUUUCGGCCGGAGGAGCCGCUGGAGCAAAUGUUCGUGGUCGCAGCAGCUCUGACCGAGAAGCCCACUAGAUUGGUGGACUUGUCUACGCAGUUCCCAACAAGAGCGCUGCGGGACAUCGAGGGCGGCCUCUCCGUGCCGCUGAAAGAUUGUCAGGUGGCUGGAAACAUGAUCACGGUCAAUGUCCGCACUUGAGGUAUUCCCCCGGUUUUCCGCCGGAGGUGUCUCCGGCGCCUGCAUGCGUUCCGCGGAAUCAAGAGAGAGUCAUAGUUUCCCAGU